AUGGCGCAGAAGCCCCUGUUCAAGGGCAAGAAGAAGACGGCUGCCACGAAGCCGCUGGCCGCGAAGAAGUCCAAGCCGCCGUCCAAGCACGGCAAAGUUGGCGCGCAGACAAAGCGAGGGACGGUGUUCCGGGCCCCGAAGACCGAUGCGGCCAGGAAGGCGUUUGAGGCGGACCAGCUCGUGCGGAAAUUCGUGAACAAGAAGAACGAGAACACCGCUGCGGCGUAUGCGUCCGCGCACGGCGGCAAGCUCGACGUGGUGAAGCCGCCGGACGACAGCUUCAAGCUCGGGAAGAAGAAGAACAAGACGCUCGGCGACCUCCGGAGAGCGAUGGCGAAGGACGCGGGCCCAUCCCAAGGCAUACCUGCCAAGGCAACGCAGUAG